AAUGCUUUCUCUUUCUUUUCUUAAAUGACGAUUUCAAGAUUGAACAACGAUUGUUUACAGCUAGUAUUUGAAGCAUGCGAUGGUUGUCCUUGGACCCUGCGUGCGAUAUCACAAGUAUGUCGUCAGUGGUAUUCUAUUUCACGUUUACCUUCUGUCUGGCGAAAAUUAUUGAUUGACAGGCCAAUGUACCAUGCAGCCUAUGUUCGACUAUUGACAUCCAAACAACCUCUCUUGACUGCUGUCACUCAUCUCACUGUAGCUAAACCGAACGAGACAAGGCACGCCCACUUUGCGCCAUUGCCUUUUGAGUACUUGCCUUCUGUCACACAUCUGGAGACACGUAAUCUGUGUUUGGCAGAGAUCGCAUACUUGUCACACCAGCUGAAUAGACAGCAACUUGUUUCGAUCAUCUGUCAUCGUAUCGAGACAUGGUGCGACACAAAACGAUUCUGUUUCCAGUUGAUCUAUGAGCAUCCACAGCUCAAACAGGCACACCUAGAUUUUGCCGAGGACGGUAACUCGGGGUUUGCGUCUAUCCUCGAGCUUACGGAUAACACAAACCAGGCACCACAUAUGCACCAGUUCACACUGACGAGUAUACGAGAUGGUAGGAGUAUUGAACAAAAGAGCAUCAUUAGCCGAAUAGAAGAAAUCGAAAAUGAUAGUGAUGAGGAGUACUACCCGGAUGAUCCUGAGGUCAUCGAACGUAAACGUCAUGCACUCCUGCAGGCCUGGCAAGACUUGGAAGACAUCAUUGCCAAAAAAUAUAGUCCACUGACAAAACUCAAGUAUUUGACACGGCUCGAGUUUGGAUUCUGCAACUCAUGGACGUCUAAAGUAUGGCUCGAGUGUUUUUAUCCCUUGACUUCAUCAAGGUUACAGAGCCUCAGUCUGCACGGCUGGGACCAACUGGGAAAACUGGGCAAGAUCGGAUGUCAAAGCAUGACGAUGCAACCGAUCCGAUUAGAAGCAGAGAAUGCGAUCACAACUUGCUUUGAGGCUAUACCCAAUCUUCGUUACCUUCAGCUUGUUGAUUUCAGUAUAGGUCUUGGCCUUCUCAAGGCGUCAUCAACAGCAUUGACCUCUGUGGAUUAUCUCGAGAUUGUUUUUACCAAAUUGUUUGUCAGGUUCUUUACUGAACCCGCUGAUGUAUGGUUGCUGAUAGGUCCACUCAAAGAGUUUGUUCUCAAUGUGUUUAAAGAAAAGAAACCAAAGAAGAGGCGUGUGUGUAUCUGUUUGCAUCGUCAAUUGGUUAAAGAGAUUGAAAAGAAUGAGUUUUUUAAAAACGAGUCAUUUUUUGAAAGUAUGCGUGAGUGUCUCGAGAAAAAUAAUGUGGCCGUUGACUAUGUUUUGUUGCCAGGACGAUGAAAAUAAAAUUGAUAUCUUUUUUUUCUUUGCUAAUAUGACGAGCGGAAAUCAAAAAUAUGAUGAAGAGAUGAAGUCAAACUGACUUUGCUUCAUUGAAAAGGACGCUUUUGC